UCGUAUCGAUAAGAUAAUCCUACAAAUCUCAAAGAAGUAUAAGGCAGCUCAAACAGCUGCAGCUUAUUCGGAGUUGUUCAGUUGUUUCACUGUCGAAUUCGAAUUUAAGGUAAACCAAAACGAUGACUUUACGACCAAUUUCAACUGAAUUGGCGAUUGUUGCUAAGGAUGAACUAAACGAAGAGCCGACACAGCUUAAUAGUCAGCUGGAGGUGGUGAAACGAAGCUUUAAUAGUCAGCGCACUCUUUCGGGACAGCCGAGUGACCAAAUAUUAUUAUCCUUUUUACGUGGAUGCAAGUUUAGUUUGGAGAAAACCAAAGAAAAGUUGUUACUGUUCUACCGAAUAAGGACAGCACUUCCACAGGUGGUGCAAGAUCGGGACCCGUUAAAUGAGCAUGUUCUAAAAGUGAUUCGAAUGGGCGUAGGGAUUCCUCUACCUGAAACGGUUUCUCAAUCAGAUCCAAGAAUAUUUGUUAUUCGGGUCGCUAAGUUCGACUUGGCAGAAUGCAACUUCGCCGAUGUGAUCAAGGUCGGAACAAUGAUCAACGAUAUUAUGAUGCGGGAUGACGAUCAGGUUGUGAUCUGUGGGAUGUCAUUGAUCAUCGAUUUGGCACAUGUUACUGCAGGCCACCUUUUUCAAUUCGACCUGGACUUUCUAAAGCAGGUUGCAGUACUCUAUCAAGACGCGAGUCCAUUCCGAAUGCGAGGGAUUCACAUCUUCAAUCCUCCGCCCGGCAUGGAAACCGUGGUCAAAGUCUUCAACGGACUGCUUUCGAGUAAAAAUCAGGAUAGAAGAAUCUUCGUACACGGGUCAGGUUUGGACUCACUGCACGCGCACUUUCCUAGACAUGUAUUACCAGUGGAAUAUGGAGGAACUCUAGAAUCCAUACAAAAAUACGUGGAUUUUUGGGAGAACAAACUAAAAAAGGAACGUAAUUAUUUAAUCGAGUUGACCAAACUUCAAGAUAACCAAAUUGGUGAAGCUGACAGUUUACAAGCUAACAAAUCAUGCUUUUCGGUGCUACCAAAAAACAAUGAAUGUUUUGGUAUUGAAGGGUCCUUCAGGAAACUUGAACUUGAUUGAAACAAAAUAAAUACAAAACUCAAUUUUCAAGCAGAGCAUAACAU